AUGCAAGCGACUGAAAAGUUCAUUGACCAUCUUGCAAACGUAUUAAAUGUUGGAGGACUCCUAUGUCAUCUUCUUCUAAUGGCAGUAAUCCUGUUGUGUAACCCCCUGCGACCGCAAUCGGCUCCCGCGCCAUUGUCGGUCCGUUACCCUAAAACUUGCGCUUUGGAUAAAGUUGGGGGAUUGGGUGACAAACGUGCUGUGCUUUGCGGUGUGAGCUACAAGAAGUGGAAGUAUAAGCUCAAAGGGACCAUAAACGAUGUGUUCAACAUGAAAGAUUUGUUGAUUGAAAAGUAUAAAUAUAAGGAGGAAAACAUGCUACUUCUCACAGAGGAACAACCAGCACCCCGACUUAUACCAACAAAGGCAAACAUCGAGAACUGCUUGAAAUGGUUAGUUAAGGACUGCAAGUCAGGUGAUUCGCUGGUUUUCUACUACUCCGGGCAUGGGUUACGGCAACCCGAUUUUGAAAAUGAUGAGAUUGAUGGGUUCGACGAGACGAUCUGCCCGGUUGAUUUUCUGAAAGAAGGUAUGAUCCUCGACAAUGACAUCUAUGCCACCAUUGUUAAUUCGCUGACUGAUGGGGUCACGCUUCAUGCCAUUGUUGAUGCUUGUCAUAGUGGAACUAUUCUUGAUCUGGAGCAAGUCUAUGAUAAAAAAAGAAAGCGAUGGAGAGAUAACAAGCCCCCAUCGGGGGUGAGGAAACAAACAAUGGGUGGAAAAGCUUAUUGUAUCAGUGCUUGUGAAGAUGACCAGGUUGCUGCUGACACAACUGUAUUUAGUUCGAAGCAAAUGAGUGGUGCGUUGACAUUCAUUUUAAUAGAAUUUGUAAGAAGAAACCCAGAUAUAACAUACGGUGCAUUACUUGACAAGAUGCAAGAGAAAAUCGAUCAAGCUAACCAGCAAGGUUGCGCCGGUGGUUCUGGAUUUUUAAGCACAAUUUGUGGUCCCAAUCUCACACAGUUGGGGGAGUACUUCAGAUGGUGAGAGUAAAGGGUUUUGUUCUUAUAGAGAAACCAUCAUGUUGAAACAUGUCGUGGGAAUGCUUGGUUGGUGGGAUGAGAUUGAUAAAUCCGAGGAGUGGCAGAGA